GUUCAGCCUCAGAGGCAGAGAAGAAAAAUGGCGGCUCAAAGCGGAUCUGGACGGGACGCCGGGCUAACGUUUUGAGUUUUUAUGCCCGAAGAACACCGGGGGCUCCACGGGGUCUCCGCACCGUCGCGUCCCUUGCCGGCUGAGCUUCGCGGCCGUAGCGGUUUCGCUGGCGUUUGCGUAUGCCAAACCGACGCACGGAGGGAUUUCAAAAAUAAUAGAGACCUCGUCUAUUAUCAUGAGAGGGAAAAGGGGCAGGCAGGCCAAACCGCUACAAACCGAGGAACCGUCCCCAGCUUCCACCAGGGGCUUACGACCGAGGAGGAACCUGAAACCCCGGUUUCGGGACAGCGGGGAUGAGGACGGCGAUAGCCCCAUAAGGGAGAACCCCAAGCCGACUAGAAGGAGGAGAGGGGGAUCUGGAGCGUCAACACGGGGCAGGGGACGAGGCAGAGGCGGCGGCGGCAGGGGAGGCAGGGGCGGACGGGGUGGAAGGCGGACGGGGGCACCCAAAACAGUGGUGUACGACGACCACGAGAGCGACGAGGACGACGACGCGGUGAGCCUGAGGUCGGAGGAGGACGAGUUUGUUGAGGAGGAACCCCAGUCUGAGGAGGACGAGGCCCUCAAAGAGGACUCCGACUGCCUGGAAGAUGAUGUGCUGGACGAGGAGGAAGAUGCUGCCAGCUACUGCACGGAGAGCAGCUUUCGGAGCCAGAGCACACACGCCAGCACUCCGGGGAGGAAGAAACUUCCGGUUCCCCGUCCUCGUACUCCCAUUCUUGAGGACAAAGAGAUUCCUUCUCUUGAGCUUCCAGAAACGUCUGAGGACCUCCUGGUGCCGAACGAGGAGCUGCUCAACAUCACCUCCAUCUACGAGGUCCUACGGAAUUUUAGCACGGUGCUACGGCUUUCCCCCUUUCGCUUCGAGGACUUCUGUGCAGCGCUGGUCGGACAGGAGCAGUGCACGCUCAUUGCAGAGACCCACACAUCCCUGUUGAAAGCCAUCCUCCGAGAGGAGGACUCUUCCAACACCACCUUCGGCCCUGCGGACCUUAAGGACAGCGUCAACUCCACUCUGUAUUUCAUCGAUGGGAUGACGUGGCCUGAGGUGUUGCGGUCUUACUGCGAAAGCGACAAGGAGUACCACCAUGUUCUGCCACACUUGGAGAUGGAUGGUUAUCCCUGCGGUCCUCUAGAAAGUAAGAUCAAGGUGCUACAGUUCUUGGUGGAUCUGUUCCUCACCACCAACAUCGCUCGCGAGGAGCUGAUGUCGGACGGCACGAUGCAGUACGAUGACCACUGCCGCGUGUGUCACCGGCUGGGCGACCUGCUGUGUUGUGAGACCUGCUCAGCAGUCUACCACCUCGAGUGUGUGAAGCCGCCGCUGGAGGAAGUUCCUGAGGAUGAGUGGCAGUGUGAGAUCUGCGUGGCGCACAAGGUGUCCGGGGUGUCGGACUGUGUGACAGAGGCGCAAAAAAACAGGCCGUAUAUCCGCCAGGAGCCCAUUGGAUAUGACCGCCACCAGAGGAAGUAUUGGUUUCUCAUUCGGAGGAUUAUUGUUGAGGAAGACGGGGAGCACGAGAAGAAGAAGAUCUGGUACUACAGCAGCAAGGUGCAGCUGGAGGAGCUCAUGGAACGGCUGGAUAAGGAAUACUGGGAGACUGACCUGCACGCCACCCUGGAGGAGCUGAUGGAGGAGGUGCAAGCUCACAUGGACAUCACCGAGGAGCUGACUCACAAAGCCCGGGGCAACAAUAAAGCCUACCUCACAGUUGUCAAUGAUGUGGUCACGGAGCGUUUGAAGAUCCGGCGGGCGGCGAAGCAGGAAGCUAAGAGGCGAGCAGAGGAGGCGAAGCAGGAAGCCGAAAGCACCUCCAUAAAUCCAGCAGAGGAGAGAGUGGAACCCUCAUCGGAGCCUGAGAAGGCAGAGGGAUCCGAGUCGAUGGAAGAUGGGAGCUCACAAGCCGCUUCUGUUCAGCCUGCAGCAGGAGAUUGCCCCGCCUCUGCUCACCAGGACCCCCCUGGACCUAAAGCAGAAUCAUUUGAUUCCAAACAUAAUGAAGCACAAGCAGCAGACGAGCUCAAAGCGGACUCUCUCACACCAACCCAAGAUCCACCACAUCAGCCUAGUGACCAAGAUCCUGCAGGUGUGAGCAGCACAGAACCAGAACUGUCGGACCUGGCUGACAGGUCCUCCCAGUCCUCAUUCACCAGCCAGGACAGGACCGACGACAACGAGAGGAUGAAGAGCAAGAGAGCUGCAGGGUCGGAGCUGAAGGCCCAGACAUCCAGAGGCAGCAAAGAGUCGUCCCCCGUCCCCUUCGACUGCGACAGCUGGCGCCUCAGCCUCCUAAAAAGAGAACUCGCGUCAGGUUUGAACACCUUGUUCAAACUGGGUCAAGAAGGGAAGUACAGGGUCUACAGCAACCAGUACAGCAUCAACCUGCUGGCACUCAACAAGCAUCAGCACCGGGAGGACCACGACAAGAGGCGGCACCUCUCCCACAAGUUCAGUUUGACCACGGCGUCCGAGUUCAAGUGGAACGGCUCCAUUUACGGCUCGAGGAGUCUCACCGUUUCCACGCUGCGUCUCACCAUCAUCCAGCUGGAAACGAGCGUCCCGUCUCCUUUCAUGCACCCCAACUGGGCAUCACACAGAAAUAAUUGGAACAAAGCGGUACAGAUGUGCAGCAAAGCCAGAGAAUUCGCUUUGGCUUUGGCAAUCCUGGAAUGUGCAAUCAAGCCUGUGGUCACGCUGCCAAUCUGGAAAGAUUCACUCGGACAUACAAGGCUGCAUCGCAUGACUGCCAUGGAGCGGGAGGAGAAGGAGAAGGUAAAGAAACGAGAGAAAAAACUUGAGGAUGAAGAGAUCCUGCAACAAGCCACAUGGGUGAAGUACACCUUCCCCAUCAAACACCAGGUCUGGAAGCAGAAGGGCGAGGAAUUCCGAGUGACCGGAUAUGGGGGCUGGUGUUGGGUUAGUAAGACACGCGUGCCGCGGUUUGUCCCAAGGCUUCCAGGAAACACCAAUGUGAACUACCGCAAAGACCUGGAAGGUAACGGCCAGGCCAGAUUUCAGGAACAUCCGUCCACAAUUGCCAAACCCGACUGCAGUUCUUUAGAAGAUGACAGCAAACCUCAAACCAUCAAAGAGGAGAAGCUGGAAAAACCAGAAGAGAUAAAAGAAGAGGAAAAAAUGGAAAUUGAGCCACCAACUUCUGCUUCUACGGAGAUUAAAGAAAAAGAUCAACUCAAAUGUGCUGCAUCCCCGCCUGCUGAAGAGGAGGAAAACCAGAAAUGUGAACCGCCCAAGAAGGAGAACACAGAGUCCAAACUUUUCUACGACGUUGUGAACGUCAGCGAGGGCUUCCAGCUGCGGACAGCUUAUAAGAAAAAGGUGAAGCCGUCCAAACUGGAUGGACUCUUGGAGCGGCGGGUCAAACAGUUCACGCUGGAGGAGAAGCAGAGACUGGAACGGUUGAGACUGGCGGCCCUCCAGAACAAAGCAGCAGCGGCUGCAAAGCCUACAGCUGCAGUUAAAACUGAAAGUUUCAAGAAACAAGAGCCUGCAGUGACCCCAGGGGUCCGAGCGGAGGAGGAGAGUCUGCAGGUGAAAGACCACGUGGUGAAAAAACUGGAGUUUGAUCAGGAACACGCCAACAUGACCAGCAGCACAGACGCCAGAACACAAGCAGUCCACGGAAACGGCGAGGACACCAGUAUCCACAAAGAACUGAACGGAAAACCCGAACCAAACCGCCACAAGAACUCUGAAGACACUCCGAUGGAGGAGAUUUCUAAGAAACGAAGCUUCGAGGAAAUGAAGCAGAGCAGCAGAAACUCUGAAAAUGAGAGUUCAGAGGUGACCCAAAGCAAGAGCAGUACAUCACAGGUCAACGGAGAAACUCCACAAGAAGAUCCAAACAGGAGCUCCGACUCUGCCAGUCAAGUCCAGGAGGGCGUGAAAGAGCCUCCGAGAGAGCAUUUAAAGUCUCUGAUGAAUGGGAACCUCUCCAACAUGGCUCAUCCACCCCCUCUUAAAGUCCCAAAGGUAGAAAACCACGUUGGAGAUGAGGAGGGGCCCCCAAACAGGGAUGGGCCCAUACCUGCGAGGCUUGAAGCGCCAGCUUCUCUGGGGAGUAAAAAUCCAGAAAACUGCACCAACAGUGAAACUUUAAAGACUCCCAUUCCUAACGCAGCUCCACAGGAACCCAAAAACCCGCCCCUUCAUGACACGCCUGACGUGACGUCCAGCAGGUCACUUCCCCCCAACAACCAGCACAGUUCGGGAGUCGCCUCUUCCCUCAAGAAAAGAUUUGGCGACGCCAAAGUCAGCACUUCUGCCGCCGCACCAGCUGCUUCCAUGACCAUAAGCAAGGAGUACUCCACCAGAGACCGCGUCACCCUGCUCAAGUUUUCCAAAACCAAAAAAGCCCGCUCUGGAACCGCCCUGCCGUCCUAUCGCAAGUUUGUGACCAAGAGCAGCAAGAAGAGCAUCUUUGUCCUCCCGAAUGAUGACUUGAAAAGGCUGGCCAGGAAGGCCGGCUUCAGAGAAGUUCCCAUCUUCAACUACAACGCCAAGCCGGCCACAGACAUCUGGCCGUACCCGUCACCAAGACCCACCUUUGGGAUCAGCUGGAGGUACCGCCUGCAGACUGUGAGAUCUCUGGCAGGAGUCAGUUUGAUGCUGCGACUGCUGUGGGCCUGCCUGAGGUGGGAUGACAUGGGCGUGAAGCCGUCUUCUGCUGUAGGAACCACCCGCAAAGAAACCACGGACACAGACAUAAUCACAACUGAGAUCAUUAAACGAAGAGACGUGGGGCCUUAUGGCAUCCGCUCAGAAUACUGCAUCAGGAAGAUCAUCUGCCCCCUGGGGAAUAGAGACACCCCCAAAGCAGAAACUCCGACUCCCCAGAGGAAAGGUCUUCGUUCAAGUGCCUUGAGGCCCAAAAAGCAAGAGCCAGCCAAACUGUCUGGACCUGUCGCCGUGGAGACGUGGGUGCCUGAAGAGGAACUGGAGUUAUGGGAGAUCAGAGCUUUUGCAGAGAGACUGGAAAGGGAAAAGUCCCAAGGAAUAGACUCCUCCAAAAGCAGCAGCACUCUAAAGACAGCAGAUGAAGUGAAGGCCCAUUUGGAGCAUCAGCUGAAGCAGGCCAGACUGGCAGCUCAGCAGAAACGCCUCGAGCAGCAGAGACUAAAUACGACUGCUGCCACUUCCACCACGACCACCAUCACCACCACUGCAGCCAGCACCCCCACGACCCUGAGGGCAGGACAGGCGCCCACCGGAGCUAAAAUGGUGCUGGCCUCCAAGCUCGGCUCCACAGUUCCCUUCCAGCAGGACAAGAACUUCCACCAGUCCUUUGCUUCCUGGGUUAAACAGGGUCAAACCACCAACAGCUCUGGUGCAGGUCAGCAGAAAGUUGUCAGUAUUUUCCCAUCUGGGCCUCCAGCAAACCUUAGGACCUACAGCGCACUACACCCUACAACGGGCAACAUCAACCUCAGAUCUGCGCCCCCGUCCUCAAACGCUCAGCAGCAGACCGUCACCACGGGAGGCCUGACGACCACAAGCACAGCGGCGCCCGUUUCUCCAUCUACCUCCACCAUGAGAAAUUCAGCUGCAGCUCAACAAGCUUCACCUCAGCAGGCUUUGACCCAGAUGAAACGUAAUCAUCAACCAGCCGUCACAGGUUCUGCAGCAGCAUCUCCUGCCCCUGCAGGACAGAACUUUGCUGCUCCGGCCCAAAAACCCCAGCAGGGUCAAGUCAAGCUGACGAUGGCUCAGCUUAUGCAGCUGACACAGGGGGCACAGGGAGGAAACCCAGGACUAACGGUGGUGAUCCAAGGUCAAGGUCAAACCCAGGGGCAGCUUCAAAUCAUCCCACAGGGCGUUACUGUCAUCCCCGGUCCUGGUCAGCAGUUAAUGCAGGCCGCCAUGCCCAAUGGUCAGGUGCAGCGCUUCCUCUUCACGCCUAUGCCCCCGUCCUCCUCUGCUGCCCCUUCCCCAACUGCUGCUCCUGCAAAACCUGUCCCCGCCCAGACCCAGAUACCCACCCAAGUCCAAGCACAGGUCCACACAACUCCAUCCUCCAUGGCCCAAACACAAAUGACGGCACCACUGCCCGCUCCUACACACAUGUCAAGCCCAUCACAAAUUUUAAGCUCCGCCCACAGCCCAGUUUCUGCCUCUGUUCAAACCCCAGUGGUUGCUACUUCACCUGCUCUGCCCCAGGCUGUGGCUCAAACUGCCCUACAAACACAGAUCCCUGCCACUGCACCAUCACCUGUCCCUACCCAGUCACUGGGUUUGGUUGGAGCGCAGUAUUUAACCUCCCCCUCUCCAUCGGUUUCAAUCCAGCCUCCCUCAAGCCUGAGUGUGACUCCUAGACAAGUCGUGGUCUCACAGCCCCCACAGAACCAAACCAGUACCCACAUCCCUGCUCUGACACACAACACCACCCUAAUACCCAACACCGCCCUGACACACAACACCACCCUAAUACCCAGCACCGCCCUGACACACAACACCACCCUAAUACCCAGCACCGCCCUGACACACAACACCACCCUAAUACCCAGCACCGCCCUGACACACAACACCACCCUGAUACCCAGCACCGCCCUGACACACAACACCACCCUGAUACCCAGCACCCCCCUGACACACAACACCACCCUAAUACCCAGCACCGCCCUGACACACAACACCACCCUGAUACCCAGCACCGCCCUGACACACAACACCACCCUGAUACCCAACACCGCCCUAACACACAACACCACCCUGAUACCCAACACCUCUCUGGCACACAACACCGCCCUAAUACCCAACACCGCCCUAACACCUAAUACCACCCCAAUAUCCAACACCACCUUGACUCCCAGCUUUGCCCUGACACCUAGCACCACCUCUACGCCAAACACCACUCUAGUUCCCAACACCGCCCUGGUGCCCAACACCACCUUCACAUCAAACACCGCCCUGGCGCCCAACACCACCUCUACACUUAACACCACCUUGACAUCCACUGCCACCUUUACUCCCAACUCCACCUUGAUGCCCAGCACCACCUCUACACUUAACACCGCUCUGACACCCAACAACACCAUCUUUACAUCAAACACUACCCUAAUGCCCAACGCUUCCCUGACAUCUACCACCACCUUUACACCAAACACAACUCUGACCACCAACACCGCCCUUAUACCUAACUCCACACAGAUGGCCAGCACCACUUUUACACCCAACGCCACCCUGACGCCCAACACCACCCCUGUUAAGAGUACAUGUUUGCUUUCAGUCCAGAGAUCUCAAAUCCACCCACAGCCCCUCAGUCCUGCCCAAAGCUUAAUUCCAACAUCUGUUCCAGUGCAGAUGUCUGCUCCUGCAGCUGCUUCAUCUGCAGUUACCGUCAGGUCUCUAAUACAAGUUGCUUCUGCAGCAGCUCCAUCCAACUUGAGCCAAAUCCCAGUUUCUCCCUCACUACCUUGCCCUGUCCAGGCUCCAAUGUCUGCCCUUACACCUAUUUCUGCCCCAGUCAUGACUGCUCUGUCUGCUCAAAGUCCCGUCCCAUCACCAGCCAAGCCAGCAACCCAGAUCCUCUCUGCAGUUUCUGUUCCUCCACUUACAGCUGUAGCAAAUGCUGUUGUGACACCAGUCACAGCCACCUCCACCACACCUUCAGUGCCAGCUCGGAUAGAGCAGAGGGCAGCUCAGCCCCAAGGUUGGCCUCCAGCUUUCUCAGAACCUCAGACUGCAGUUCAGACGGCUCAGCAGGCUGCAGCUCCAGUCACACCACCUGCCCUGGUGUCUGUACCUGGCUCUGUAUCAGUCCCCACAGCCUCCCCCAUUACUCCUUCGCCUCAGCCACCCCUGACUCCGCCCACUCGAGCACAAGUCCAGCCCACUGCUUUGAUAUCCACACAGCAACUGCCGCAGACCAUCUCAGCAGUGCAGGUUCAUGUGAAGGGGAUACCCGUUUCCUCUGUGGUGUCCCCCACAAGACCCCCACAGCCCCAAGCCCAUACUCCUCUUCAGCUCCAGACCCAAAUGUGCGCACAGGUUCAGCAGAUGCCACACAUCCAGACUCCUGCUCAGAUUCACCCCCAGAUCCAGGUUCAGUUCCAGCCCAGAGCACAACUUCAGCCGCAAACCCAAAUCCAGCUGCAGUCCCCAACAAAAAGUGUGGCCCCGCUGCAGACUCAAACCCAAGCACAAUUCCAGGCCCAGCUGCAGUCCCCGACCCAGGUCCAGUUCCACCAGGUACAAGCAUCAUUUCAAACUAAACCACAGACUGAACCGCAGCUUCUAUCCCAGCCACAGACCCAAAUUCAGCUUCAACCUCAACCCCAGAUCCAAUCCCACCUCCUUCCCCAGGUCCAGGUCCAGCUUCAGCAGCAAAACCAAGUUCAAACUCACUCGUCCCUGCAGCCCCAGCUCCACAUUCAGUCACACGUCCAGACGCAGCCCCAGUUUACAGUGCAGGCCCCACAACCGGCCCGGGUCACGCAACAGCUUCAGGUCCAAGCCCCAACCCAAGUCCAGGCGAAACUCCAAGUCCAGUUCCAACCUCAAAGUCAGUCUCAAGUCCAAACACAGCCUCAGAUCCAGGUCCAGUCCCCCAUCAGGCAUCAACUCAUCACUGUUCCAGGUCUCCAACAGCCAGUCCAGCUGCUGUCCGCUCUACCGCCGCAUGUUGCAGCUCAGAUCCAGGCCCAGAUCCAGGCGCAGGCCCAGCAGCAGGGAGGCGCUGUUCCCCAGCAAAUCAAGCUGCAGCUCCCCAUCCAGAUCCAGCAGAAAACCGGCCCAAUUCAGGCCCACCAACUCCAGAACAUGGUGACCAUUCAGGCGUCAGCAGGAGUUCAGGAGCAGCUUCCAAGGAUUCAGCCACAGCAGCAAGUCCAGCAUGUGCCAAAGAAGAAGAAACACAACGAGGCUAAAAGGGAACAGGAGCAGAACACGCAGGUGUUAAGUCCUAAAGACGGCUCGCAGAAGCAGGUGUUAGUGAAGCAAAAUUCUGCAGUAGAACAGCUGAAGCAAAGGAAGACCCAGGCUGCUGCAGAACGAGAGGAGAACCAGAGAAUGAUCGUGUGCAACCAGGUAAUGAAGUUCAUCCUCGACAAGAUAGAAAAGGAUGAGAAGCAGGCCGCUAAGAAAAGGAAAAAAGAAGAGGUGGUGGAGCAGAAACGCUCCAAGCAGAACGCCACCAAGCUGACCGCGCUGCUGUACAAACACAAAGAGCAGCUGAAGGCUGAAAUCCUGAAGAAGAGGGCGCUGCUGGACAAGGAGCUGCAGCUUCAAGUGCAGGAGGAGCUGAGGAGGGACUUGGCGAGGCUACAGCGAGAAAAGGAGAAGGCCCGGGCUGCCAUUACCCAGGCCGCCGCAGCAACGGUGAAGGCGGCUGCCGCCGCCCAGUCCUCCCACCUCGUUCAGCCGCCACAGCUCCCCCACGCCACGGCGCCUCCGUCCUCCACCCACAAGCGCAAGAGAGACGACGAGAGAGACAGAGAAAAAAGCAGAGAUCGAGACAGACACCACGAGAAGACCAAGAAACGGGACAAAGACAGAGAACGGGACCGGGAUCAAGAAAAGGAGCGUGAUCAGGAGCGCGACAGACACCGGGAGAGAGACAAAGACGAGGACAGGGACAAGGACAAGGACCGAGACUCCAAACACAAAAAGAAGAAGAAGAAACUGUCUUCUACCUCAAAAGAUCACAAGAAGGACACCAAACUGUACUGUAUCUGCAAAACGCCCUACGACGAGUCCAAGUUUUACAUCGGUUGCGACCUGUGCUCCAACUGGUUCCAUGGCGCAUGUGUCGGCAUCACGGAGAAAGAAGCCAAGAAGUUGGAGGACUUUGUGUGCAGCGACUGCAAGCGCAGCCAGGAAGGAGGCUGCAGCGAGGAGCUGUACUGCAUCUGCCGGACGCCGUACGAUGAAUCCCAGUUUUACAUCGGCUGUGACCGCUGCCAGAACUGGUACCACGGGCGCUGUGUGGGCAUCCUGCAGAGCGAAGCCAAUCACAUCGACCUGUACGUCUGUCCACAGUGUCAGUCCACAGAAGACGCCAUGACAGUUUUAUCGCCCCUCACAGACAAGGACUACGAGGGCUUAAAAAGAAUAUUGCGUUCAUUGCAGUCACACAAAAUGGCGUGGCCUUUCCUAGAACCGGUGGAUCCCCACGACGCCCCAGAUUAUUAUCGGGUCAUCAAGGAACCAAUGGAUUUCUCCACGAUGGAAACCCAUCUGCAAAAGCGACAUUACCAGAAGCUCACGGAGUUCGUGGCAGACGUGACCAAAAUCUUUGACAACUGUCGCUACUACAAUCCCAACGACACCCCCUUCUUUCAGUGUGCGGAGGUGCUGGAGGCCUUCUUUGUGCAGAAGCUGAAAGGGUUCAAGGCGAGCAGAUUGUCAGAUUCUUAAGUGGGCCAGUCUAGCUGGAGUCUGGACUGGAUGCCGGGGUCUCUAGUGAUCUUUAAAUCUUCUUUUUUUUUUGUAUUCAAAACAGAAAAAAAAAAGAUCCCAACUACUGAUAAUGAAAAAGCAGCCAUGUCGACAUUUUCAUUUCCCUGUUUUCUGAUCGACACCCAGUAGGAAGGAUUCAGUGGGAUUUUAAAUACAUUUGGGUUUCUAACCUGUAUUUAUUUGCUAAAAACAUCUCAGUUUUGGAUUAGAUAUGUUAAAUAUGUUGUCUACAAUGUAUAAAGCUGCACAUUUUAUUAUGAGAGAGAUAUAUUUAUGCAACUUUUCUAUGUUCCUUCACCCUCAGUUUGACCCGUCUGCAUACUAAAGUGACUAUGUACGUUUUAAAUAAUGAUGAAAACCAAACAUUUUAGAUUUUGUUUUUUACAUUCUAAAAUGUACUACAAGAAGGAGGGAUUUGUUCCCACUGCCCCUGAUUUUGUAGCUGUGGAAAAAGAAAAAAAAAGCACCAAUAAAUGCAUUCCAGUGUCAUCACGCCAACAUGGCUGCAUGAUCCCGACUCUUGCAGCUUCUCUGUCUGCCUUUAAGCUGUACAGAUGUGUAAUGUGAAGAGCUCUCAACAGCUGCUCUCUCUCCACAUCCUGUAGGUCUCAUAACAACAAGCUUCAGUCUUCUUCAGCCUCUUAGAAAGCGUUGCACAUUGAGCAAACUAAAUGCACUUGCCUAAAAAAAAAGGCUUUUCUGAACUGAACUCUGUGAUGCUCCGGCGUGCAACCAGCAGUGCUGCUUUCACAGGACCAGUCAGGCGGGGCCGCCCCCCUUCCCGUUUAAAGCUGUACGGGGACCUCUCUGGACCUGUCUCCAUCUGCGGGCCUGAACCGAGGAGCAGAAACACCUGAGGCAUUUCAGGAGAAAGUUUACCUCGGAGAAAACUCUUAAGGAGCUCUCGUAUUUCCAUGUAUCUUUAUUUUUUACCUUUUUUUUUUUUUUUACACUUUGUGGAAAGAUUUCUUUCGACCAUUUUUGUGGUCAUCAUGUCUGCUUAACCGCUCAGUGGCUGAGUUCUACUGAGCAUCAUGUCCAAAUGUUCAGAGUUCAAAGUGGAACAACGUUUUGCAUCCAUUUCCACUCAUCCUUCAGUGGCAUAAAAGACUGUUUUUGGGACGUUGCUAAUAAACUGUAAAACCUACUGAAAGUGCAGUAAGAAGCUGAGGAGUUGCUUUGCAAUUGUGGCCGUCUGACGAGGGUGAAAUAGUUGAAGGUUCCUGCCCCCUUUGUAAAAGUCAUCAGAUUUGAACUUGAUUUCUUUUUUUUGUAUUGCAGCUGAACACAUAUUGAUGUAUAUGGAACUUAAUAAAACUGAAGACUGA